CGCAAACUCUGUUUUACACCUGUAAUUGUAGCGCUGACCCGCCCUGUGUCCCCUCUGUAGCAGCUUCCCGCCCUCUUACCCCACCUUCUCCCCUACUCUGCCCAGGCCGGGGCAUGGCAACCCUUGGCCCCACUCAUUACUAUAUUUAGGCUGCUGGACUUUCCCCUGUAGGGCGGGCAUUUUUAUCUACAAGUUCGGAUAUAAAUGUGCCUGUUUUCUAAAUCUCCUUUUGCCUUCCCCUGAGGCAGUGUUGCUAGCCCUGAGGCAUUACUAGCCCUGAGGCAGUGUGCUAUAGCCCUGUGACCUCCCACUCGCAGCCAGUGCCAAGAGCAGCGCCGCCCUCAUUCCCUUCCCAAGUUCAGCAGGAACCGAGCAAAGUGCCGCUGCCUCACAGCUCAGUCCGUGUCCGUGUAGCGCUGUGGCCAUGGGGAGUCUGCUGAAAGUGACGCUGGUUGGCAUCCUGCUGGCCUUUUUAGGGGAGAGGAUCAUGCAGUUGUGUCAUCGAGCAAACGUCUUUAGAAACGUAGAUCCUAUCGAUCUUCCUAAUUGUCAGCUUGUAAAAGGAAUAGAAUUUGGAUCUGAAGAUAUUGAUAUCCUUCCAAAUGGGCUGGCAUUUAUUAGUUCUGGUUUGAAAUUUCCUGGCCUUAUAAGCUUUCAGCCUGAGAAACCAGGAGAAAUAUUUCUGUUGGAUCUGAAUGAAGUAAACCCACGGGUGAUCCCGUUGCGUCUCAGCAGAGGAUUUGACGUAUCUACGUUUAACCCUCAUGGAAUGAGCACAUACAUAGACCCAAAAGAUGAUACUGUUUAUCUUUUUGUGGUGAAUCACCCUCACUAUAAAAGCACUGUUGAGCUGUUUAAGUUUGAAGAAGAGGAAAAUGCUCUUUUGCACUUAAAAACCAUUAAACAUGAUUUACUGUCAAGCGUAAACGAUAUUGUCGCUGUUGGACCGGAAAGCUUUUAUGCCACCAACGAUUUUUACUUCACUGACUUCACCAUGAAACAACUGGAGGUGUUUUUAGGAAUUGGAUGGUCAAAUGUUGUCUAUUAUAGCCCCAGCGAAGUGAAACAAGUUUCAUCGGGAUAUUAUAGUGCCAAUGGAAUAGCAAUGUCAACGGAUAACAAGUAUAUCUAUGUUGCCGAUGUAAUGGGCCACAGAAUUCAUGUCCUGGAAAAACAAGCAGAUUGGUCACUAACUCCAGUAAAGGUCCUGCAAUUAGAUACGCUUUUGGACAACCUGUCAGUAGACCCAAAUACAGGAGAUAUUUGGACCGGAUGCCACCCAAAUGCAUGGAAGCUGUUUUUUUAUAAUUCUGAUGAUGUUCCUGGGUCUGAGGUUGUACGUGUACAGAACAUUCAUUCCGAUAAUCCUAUAGUGACUCAGGUGUACGUCAACAAUGGUACUGUCAUCCAGGCCUCCUCCUGUGCUGUUGUGUACGAGGGGAAACUACUGAUCGGCACAGUGUUCCAUAAAGCUCUGUACUGUAAGCUUGAUUAGCCAUGCACAAGGGUGGGCUCCAGCUUCUGGCCGAGCAGCAGUGCAAGCAACUAAAUAAUCCAAUGGAUUUUGUUAUUUGUGAGAAUACCUUGAUUAUUCAACUUGUGUAAAGUUUGUAACAAGGUAGAAUAACCACUGUGCAACACUUCCCACUGGAUGGAUCACCUUGGAAAUUAAAAUAAUUCUGGUUAAAGGACAAGAAGUUAAAAUCACUGGGGUGGGUUGUUCGCCACACACCCACCCCUUCCAGUGAUUAUAAUGGCUUACUUGAUACCUUGGGACAGUGCCCCUGUUUGCAGAAAACAACACCAGUCCCAGGUACUUCUGAGUGACCACCAUGUAGCAAUCUUCAUCUUCUGCAUCUUUUGCCUUGGGCCAAGGGGUGCACAGUAGAGUGAAAAAGCUGGCUUUUUUAUUUAAAGUUUGCCUGUUGUCUUUACUGCAUGUGUGCACCCAGCCUGAAGAAACAAAAGAGGAUCACUCUAUGGCGCUCAUACAGAAGUACCCUGGGCUGGUGCAGUUUUCUGCUAACAGAAGCAUUGGCCUGGGGCACCUGGUAAGCGAUUAUUAGCAGGGGGUGCCUAACAUUUGCCCUCACCCCAGUGAUUUAAACUUUUCUUCUCUGCCUUGAAGGUGAUAAACAGAAGAACAGGCAUAAUAUUUCCUACAUCAUACAAAUCCUUAUGCAAAUGCAAAUAAAUUCUGUUUUUCUUACUUUGAGUAA